UUGAAUUUUUUUUUUCUCGUUCAGAGGGAAAAUUUGAAGAGAAAGUCAGUUGGAUUCACCACAGACAUGAUUAGUACAGUGGUUGUUUAGCCCCCGUUAUUUACUGAUCUUUAAUAGUUUUGUUCAGGCCAAUGGAACCAAUGUCUCCCUGCAAAAGAAAAGUGCCCAGUGGUGGAGUUGGCCUUCAGCAGCAGCAGGAGGCCCAGUGGCCCACAGCCUAUAAGAAGAAGUGUACAGACAACCCUGGGAUAAGGAGAGGAACAGGACCAUCCAUGAAGGAAAACAUAAAUCCACAGGAACUACAGGGGAACAGAAGGAGAGAACAUAGACGUGAUCAGACUACUGAUCGAAGCUCUACAUCUCUCAGUCCAGGCCCUGUUUCUAUUUGUAGAAUUUCACAGACUGGAGUCGGAACCAGAACCAGAGUCAGGCCUGGAUCCUCCGAGUGUACAGAAGGGUCUGAAAAUUACCAUAAGAUUCAGACCAGUAGACCUGUGAUCCGUGAGGCUGUUAUUAAGAAAACACACACCCAGGCUUCAGUCAGAACGGUAUCCAGAGGCUCCAAACAUGUCCAGGGUUUAACCACCGCUGACCAGAACGAUCCAGGUUCUACUAAGACCCAGAAGUGGAAGAAAAGACCAAGUCAACCUCUACAGAGCAGGACCAUCGAGAACGCUACUGAGGUCAGUUCUGAGUAUACAGCAAAUACUCAGAGUCAGGCUGCAGACCUCUUUAUAGAUCAGAUCUCAGACAGUACCAGGAACUGGAGGAAGUCUGAAAGGAAAGAUGGGGGAGUUCAAACUAGAUCCAAAUCCAGAGAAAGGAGACCAGAGACCCGGAGCAGGAGAAGGAAGAAGAUACAUCCAUCUGUGUUCCUAGGGAGAGGUCAGUUACAGCUUUCGGUCACUCCAGAAGCUGGACAACUCUUCAUUCACAUCUAUGAGGCACGAGGGCUGAUGGGAAAAGGCCAGACACCAUGUGACUCAUAUGUGAAGGUUACGGUGACCUCUGACCCCAGCCACAGCAUCAGGAUGAAGACGCCGACUGUUCUCAACAGCAAAAACCCAAAAUAUGAUCACAGCUUUACACUGCUUGUCAGUGAUGAACUCUUCCUUGGCCGACUGCUGGUGUCAGUGUUCAGAAAACUACCUGAGAGCAGGUCCAGGCAGCUGAUUGGCUGCAUGAGUUUUGGGAUCGGCUCUCUAGUCUUGUCCUCUGAGCCGGUCACAGGUUGGUUCUACCUUCUCGGCGAGGAGUUUGGCUUGAGCAAGCACCUGAGGGUGACAUCACAGCGCUGCAAAAGAAGGCAACAAGAGGGCAAUGUGGAGAAGGUGCCAACCCUGUGUGCCGACCUCAGGAGGACGCCAGACUCCACUCCAGACGCUGAUCUGAACUGCAUCAUCACCAACACAACCGUUGCCGCAACCAACCUAUCUAACUGCAACACCGCCACCGCCGCCAUCACCACCACCACCACCACCACUGGACUCAAAGACCUGACCAACCACAACCCGACCGCCAGCAGCAGUCGUCCGAACGGCCGCAACCUUGCGAACUCCAACAGCAGCUCGGCUCCGACCAAACCCAACUACGGCAACUACGUCUCUCCUCUCUUCACCAAUGACAACCAGAAGUUCGCCAGGUCCCAAGACAACAACAUCAUCAGUAUCCAACGCCUGACGGUGAACGUCAUCCGAGGGUCAGAUGGGUUCGGCUUCACGAUCUGUUCUGACUGUCCCGUCAAAGUCCAAGCUGUUGACCCUGGAGGUCCAGCUUAUCAGUCUGGACUUCGCCAAGGAGACUCGGUCCUGCAGCUGAAUGGACUUCCUGUCGAAACCUGGAAGUGUGUGGAACUUGCUCACGCCAUUAGGAGCUGUCCAUCUCAUAUUGUACUGGUGGUGUGGAGAGGUUUACCUGAACUCCGACCAGGAGGAGAAACUUUGCUCCGCCCCUCUACAAAUAACGCAUUAACAGGCAAGAAAUUAUGGCCUCAGCCCAACCAGAGCAAACAAGGUCGAAGAUGGGGUCAAGGGUCAGUGGUCCGGUCCAGUCUGGCUGCUCUAGGGUCUCUGUGGAAGGACAGGAGGGAGGACCAGGAGGAGGAGGAGGAGGAGGAAGACGAGGAAGAAGCAAGGGAGAUGGCGGAGUACUCCCAACGCACUACCACACUCAAAGGCACCCACGUGACAUCAUCAAAUGGAGACAAUUACAUCAUCCUGUCACCGGUCACGUCAGGAGAACAGCACCUCCAUUCACUGUAUCAAGACAGGAACGGGACUAUCGGUCGUCUGUAUCAGACUCACCCCUGCAGAGGGCAGAAUAUCCUCCGUGACAAACGACCCGGGGCAUCAUCAGGACAGUCGUACUCCAACCGCAACUCCACCCUGCCACCGCCCCUGUCUUCUUCCACCUCAUCUGCAGCCAAGCCCAGCACCUAUGGAAACUACCAGAACUGCACCAUCGUCCAGUCCCAUCUGCCCUGCGCCGGUUAUGAAAGUUACGUCGCGCUUGCCCCGAAAACCGUCAUCUUUCCCAUCUUCGUCCAGCCUCUGGACCUGUGCAGCCCAGAACGAACACUGCUGAUGUCGGAGGAGAUGAUACUCCAUCAGGCCGACCUGCUGCCUGCAAAGGUGACGGUUUUAAUAUACAACGACCUGAUGCUGUUGACCAGAGAGGACGAAGUUGAACGCUGCAAUGUCCUACAGAGUCCACUGUACCUGAACACACUGCAGCUCAGAGAAGUGCCGUCACAUCCCCUCCACAUCUACGUCAUGCAGACCUCCUCCCAGACGUGUUACCGCUGCGUCCUCAGUCUGGAGUCGUUCAGCAUCGAACAGAAGAUCAGAGUCCGUCUGUGUCUCUACGACAACAUCCAUCGCCAGCUGGUCAGCACCGAGGCCUCGCACAGCCAUCAGCUCUCAGAACUUCCUUCCGACUUCGGUCUCCUCUCGCUCGGCCCGUCCGACCUCCUCUACCGUCCCUCCUCUCCUUACGCCUCCACCGAGGUCCCCCAUGUCCAGCCCCACCAUUACUACUCCCCCCGUGAUGACCUCAGGCCUCCGUCCCCCUUGCCUUACUCCCCCAGCUCUCCUUGCUCCUCCUCCACUCCUCCCCCUGCGCCUUUCUCCACUCUUUCUCCCUACACUUCCUCCUCCUCACCUCCCCCAAGGAACAUCUCAGCUUUACCUCUUUUCCCACCGCUGCCCACUGCGCCCUCCUCUUCCACCCACAGGAGUCCAGUCUGGAAGGAGAGAGGGAGAGCGGAGACGGAAGAGGACGAGAGAAAGAAGAGGAGGAGGCAGGAGGAGGAGAGCGAGGUGGUAGGGGAGAGGCAGCAAGGUGAGGGGGAGAGUGCCUCAGAGACAUCAGAAACCACAGGGAUCCUGCGGGGACAGAACGUCCGGUUUAGCCACCUAUAUGACAUGCAAGCGAAGCAGGACGAGGACGAUGGGAGUGAUGAUGAGGAGGAAGAGGAGGGAGGAGAUACGGAGGAGUUUAUCUCCACCUACAGACCUGCAGUUCUCCGGCGCUCGCUCUCAGAAGGUUCUCUGCUGCAGGAACCUCGGUCCCCCCGCUUCCUGUCUGACAGCACCAUCCAUCGGCUGACUCGUCCUUUGACCUUUGACACUGACCCCGAUUCGGGCAUCCGAACACAGCCUCCUUCUCCCCGCACCCUGAAGAAGCAGCUGACCAAGGAGGGCGUGUCCCUGCACCACAUGUUACUCCUGGUCAACGGCACCAAGGAGUCGGAGUUUGGAAACCUUCACCUGAGAAAGAAAACCAAGAGUCUAGCUGCUGAUGUUCGAAGUCGUCUAGCAUUUCUGCGGCGCCGUAAAAACUGCACCCGUGUCCAUGGAAACAGUUUGGAGAAAGCUUUGAAAAACAACAGGCCGUCUCCUGCAGAAGUGCUGCGAUGGGCCGACAAUCUGGAAGCUUUACUGUCCAAUCAGUAUGGCCUGGCAGUUUUUCGUCACUUCCUCCGGUCAGAGUUCAGCGACGAGAACCUGGACUUUUGGUUAGCUGUGGAGAAAUUCAAACGAAUACUGCCAGUCAGCAAGAUGGCCGCCAGAGCUACAAAAAUCUACGACGAGUUCAUUUCCACCACGGCAACCAGACAGGUAAAUGUGGACUCAUCGGUCAGGGAACUGACCAAUCAAAACCUGCGUCUGGAGAUUAAUCCCACUUCCUUCCAACUGGCCCAGAAUCAGAUUUUCAGCCUCAUGGAGACGGACAGCUACCCACGAUUUCUCCGGUCACACCUCUACGCCCAGUUGACCAAUCAGACUUCGAAUACAGCUCUGGAGUCCACCAAUCAGAGUGGGCCUGUGUCUGUCGGUCAGUCAUGACUGACAACGGGACAGAAGCUCUGAUCUGAUCAGAGGCUGUGAUUGGCUAGCUGAAAAAGCUGGAAAAAUGGCAUAUCCAAGUGCAUUGUGGGAAAUGUGGGAUGCAAUGUCGUCAUUCUUAUAGUCAGAGAAUUUCACCUCUGGAUUAAUUUGUUAUUUUUUUAGUCCUUAACAGGUUUGUUUUAGACUGAAAUAAUAGUCACUUGUGUCACCGUGUUUAUAGCUUUGAGCUCACAUUAGCAUGUGCUGUAUGUACGCACACUUUGUUUUAGCAUGCUGUGAGUUCUAGAUAGUUAACUCGCUGAGCAUUGUAGCUGCUACUAAAGAUUAGCAUGCUAACACUUUUGGCAUUUGGAUCAACAUCAACACUGUAGAGCCGCUAGCUUGUGUGUCAACACGGAACAUCCACGUUCAUGUAACAGCGGGCUAAAAAAAGUUUGAAAGUUUGACCUGAUAUUUUCAUGGCUGCGAUCUUGACAAAAGAUGAAAAUUUUUGAGGAAACGUCUUUAUUAGAACCGUUGAUCCACACCUGAGGCUCUGAGGUUCGGUCGGUGUCGCUGGUUGGAUUUAAACAGUUACCUGUACUACUUCACGCUACUACCGCAAACUGACCGUUCAUGUGACUCUGAUGUACAGACCUGUGAGACGUAGGACUAAAAAAUAACUCCUGUUUUUUAUUUGCAGAUGUUUUAAAACAGAUUUUAGAAAAAGUGUUUCUGAGUUUCUGACUCUUUUAACUGUAAUUAACCGACGGUCAAUCUGUACCUGUGUCCGUUCACCUGUUAUUGACUUGUUUGAUGAGUUUGAAGGAAACCAUCAAUAAAUUGUGGCUCUGAGAGACGCA